AUGGAUGAGAACAACUACACGUUCCCCGAGAUGGAAAAUAUGAUGCAAGAUGUAAUUACAAGCAUUCCAGCUGUAAAAGCAUUUUUCUAUUGUCUGUAUAUUACAAUCUUUGCAACAGGGAUAUGUGGCAAUGUUUUGGUUUGUUAUGUGGUUUUCCGUAACAAAUCAAUGCAUACUGUCACUAACAUAUUUAUUGCGAAUCUGGCCCUCUCGGAUAUUCUCCUUUGUACGUUUGCAGUGCCGUUUACUCCUUUGUAUCUUUUCAUGCAUGAGUGGGUAUUUGGAGCUAUACUUUGUCAUCUUGUUCCAUAUGCUCAAGGUGUAAGUGUCUAUAUUUCAGCUUUUACACUUAUGUCAAUAGCUAUCGAUCGGUUUUUCGUCAUAAUCCAUCCUUUCAAACCCAGACUUCAGCUAAAAUACAGUUUAUUGAUUAUCGUAUUUAUAUGGGUUGCUGCAGGUUUGCUGACUUUACCUUACGGAAUUUUUAUGGAUCUUGUUCCCGGAAAAGACGGAAGACCAUACUGCGAUGAAGGAUGGCCCCAUGACUCAUUCAGGAAAGCGUUUGGUUUUACGACUUCCGUUAUGCAGUUCGUAAUCCCUUUUCUAAUCAUAACUUACUGCUACUUUCGAGUUUGUUGCAAAUUGAGAGAUCGAGCACGAUUUAAACCAGGAGCUAAUUCUCAAAGGAAAAUGGAGAUGGAGUGGGAGCGUACUCGCCGUCUUAACAGAAUGCUAAUUUCUAUGGUUUUGAUAUUUGGUGUUUCUUGGCUUCCUCUUAAUGUGCACAAUCUAGUUGUUGAUUUCUACAUCCCAGCCAGUUCUUGGGCUUAUUUAAAUGGUUUUUUCUUUCUCUCACAUGCGAUUGCCAUGAGUUCCACGUGCUACAAUCCAUUUCUGUACGCUUGGCUCAAUGAAAACUUUCGAAAAGAGUUUAAAACUGUUCUGCCAUUUUUGAAUGAAUCUCGGGUGUGCCAAUUCUGUGAUGCUACAAGAGCCCGGGAAGAGAACGAACCAGAUGAAGAAAAUCCUCAGCCAGGAUGUUCAAGUCAGCCACCCGUCGAGCAUCGUGAGAGAGCAACAUCUGUGAAGUAUUUUACUGAAACGGAUUCUGUGCGAAUGAAAAUCAAUCAAAAAGACAUGGGAACGGCGGUUUAA